AUGGAUGACGCGCCGGACGGAGGCUGGUUGCCGCGAGAUCCCAAUCUUCCCGCUGGCCUCCACAAGGACUUGCUGGUGGCCCUGCAGAAGGCGGCCAGUCGGGCUGCCCCAAGCCCGGCCGAAGAAGAGGUCGUUCCAGUCCUUCCUGCGCAGGAGGCGCAGCGAAGCAGCGCCUCCAGCGCUCCGGGCCGCACCCAGACCAUGGGCCGGCGGACGUUUCGCCCUGGCGAUGCGGCUUUCUACUGGAGUGCUACACACCGAACAUGGCUCAAGACCUGUGUCCUCUCCGUCAACCGCGACGGAGGAGGCGACAAGUCCGAGACCUACAACUUGGACUGCAAGUCCAGAGUGGAGUCCUGGCAGAUGCGCACGGCGGACGAGCCACGAGAUGGCCCCCCCGACUGCUCGGAGGGAGCUGGAGGUGGCUUCGCAGUGGGCAUGCCCGUCCAGUGCUUCAACCAGCAGAAACGCGUCUGGGAGAACGGCACUGUCGUCCGAAGAUAUCAGCAAGACAAAAUCAUUGUCUUCGAUGUUGAAUGCAAGGAGUCCACGGUGCGAAUGCUUCCAGCUAGCCGACUCCGUCUCUCGCGCUUCGCGGUGGGCGACAAGGUGGAGUACUGGUCCAUGACCUCCAAGUCCUGGCUGCUUGCGAAGGUCCUGAAGCUUUAUUGGUCAAAGCAGACCUGCGACCUCGAUAUAAAGAAAGGAGCGCCCCUGGCAAACGUUCGCAAGGUGAAUGAGUCGGCCGAAAGCAGGUCACCAGCGCCAGGUGGCGGGCCCAAAGCAGCGGAGCCGACCCCUGUGCCUGAGGAUCCGGCUGACUCCCGGGGCGCUCUGCCACGGCGAAGGCACACCACCAGCCCUUCUGCUGGGCAGCCCCCGAAAGAGGAGCCCCCUCGAAGUGGCAUGCCACCCCCUCCCCCACCCAAGAGACGCCGGAAGAAGUCGAUGGAGCCCCCUCCUCGCGGCCAUGAAGCCAGGGACGGGGUGGACUCCCCGGAUAGCAAGGCUGUGCACGAGCUCCGGGAAGGACGCAAGCUCCGGGAAGAUCGGCUGAAGAGGCGGAGCGGCAAGGAAGAUGGGAGGGAUAGGAGGGAGAGUCGAAACGGGCGCAGCAACUGGCGCGAUCUCCCCGACGUCCGCGAUGUCAGGGACAGGUGA